AUGUCUGGGCUAUCGCAGGAUCAGAUCGACACGUUCAGGAACGAAGGAUGCAUUGUAAUCCCAAAUGAAUUGAGUAGCGAGCAGCUUUCGAGUUUAAUGGCUAAGAGUAAAAUGCUGUUGGAUGAGUUUGACCUUCGCAAUCACCCCAGAACCCGCUUCCUUACUGGGGCAAACGGCACUGAGCAUGUGGGUAGCGACUACUUUCUAAACUCCUCCGAUAAGGUUCAUUUCUUUUUUGAAGAAAAGGCAUUCGAUGAAAAUGGCGAACUGACCAAACCCAAGGCUCAAACUAUCAACAAAAUAGGACAUGCUUUACAUACUCUGGAUCCGGUCUUUCACAACGUCUCAUUGAGCAAACGAAAUGUGGCAAUUGUCAGAGACCUGGGAUACAAAGACCCACGAAUUCUGCAAAGCAUGCUGAUCUGCAAACAGCCAGAGAUUGGAGGCGAGGUCCCCACUCAUCAAGAUGCGACUUUCCUUUAUACCGAACCUCAAAGCGCCGUUGGGUUUUGGUAUGCGUUGGAAGACUGCGUUUUGGAGAACGGCGCUCUUGAGUUUGUUCCCGGUUCUCAUAAGACCAGCCAAGUCUACCAGAGGUUUGUUCGCACCAACCCUGGUACCGGGUUUGAAGCUGUUCCGGGCACUACAAAGUACGACGAGCCAGAUCCUUCCGCAUUCAAGCCACUUGAGUGUAAAGCAGGAAGCUUGGUUUUGAUUCACAACUCGGUUCUUCAUCGCUCCAGCCCGAAUUUGUCUCAAAAGUCCCGUUUCGCCUAUGCUUUCCAUGUGAUUGACAGCACAUCCAAAUAUGAUCACAAGAAUUGGCUACAGAUCCCUGCCACAGGUGGCACAAACUUCACUCGAUUAGUGGUUUAA